CCGGCUCACGUUAAUCAUUAGCCUCCAGCGAGCCGGCCCUCAGCCCCGAGUCUCCACCUCCCCCGGGCCCGCCCAGCCCGGCCCAGCGCCCCACGCCCCACUUCCUGCCGGCGCUGAUCUGCGCGUCGGGGCUGCUGGCAUCGCCGCUCCCGGCUCGUGCUGCUGAGGUGAAAGAGGUGCACUUGCUGCUGAAGAGACAACAGCUUUUUGAAUUCGUCCAGUGCCCCUUCUGUGACAACAUUGGCAGAUAUGACAGGAUGCCUGUCCCUGCUUCUGCAGGGUUGCAUGCCUUGGAGUACCUGGUGAACCUGAUAUCUCAUGCCAGCCACGCCAUGGAGGGAAAGGAAGAGAGGCGCCGGGGACCAACUUGGGAUAGGUGUGCUCUGCGGGUCAGCCAUCUGCACAACAGUAACAAUAAUGCAUCUCCAAGGGGCUGGCUGGGCCAGAAAGGCUCCCACUCCCUCUCACCCUAUGGCUCCAAGGCCUCCACUGCUGGCCGCCGUGAGCUGAGCUACGUGGAGCGUGUGGUGCUGGAGAUUGUGGAGUCAGAGCGCAUGUAUGUGCAGGACCUGCGCAGCAUUGUGGAGGGCUACCUGGGCAAGAUCAUUGAUGUGCGGGAGGAGCUGCUACAGCCAGACCAGGUCAGCGCACUCUUUGGGAACAUCGAGGACAUCUAUGAGCUGAGCAGUGAGCUGCUGCACGACUUAGAGAGCUGUGACAACAACCCUGUAGCUGUGGCCAGGUGCUUCGUAGACAGGAGCCAGGAUUUUGACAUCUACACGCAGUACUGCAACAACUACCCUAACUCAGUGGCGGCACUGACUGAAUGCAUGCAGAACAAGCAACAGGUCAGGUUCUUCCGUGAGUGCCAGGAGCAGAUGCAGCAUGCCUUGCCCUUGGGAGCCUACCUGCUCAAGCCUGUCCAGAGGAUUCUCAAGUACCACCUGCUGCUCCAGGAGAUUGCAAAGCACUUUGACUUGGCAGAGUCGGGCUACGAGGUGGUGGAGGAGGCUAUUGACACCAUGACCUGCGUGGCCUGGUACAUCAAUGACAUGAAACGCAAGCAUGAACACGCCGUGCGCCUGCAGGAGAUCCAGUCUCUGCUGCUGAACUGGAAGGGGCCAGAUCUGACCACGUAUGGGGAGCUGGUGCUGGAGGGCACCUUCCGCGUUCAGCGGGUGCGCAACGAGCGUACCUUCUUCCUUUUUGACAAGACCCUGCUCAUCACCAAGAAGCGUGGGGACCACUUCAUCUACAAGAGCCACAUCCCGUGUUCCUCCUUGAUGCUGAUUGAGAGCACCCGAGACUCGCUGUGUUUCAGUGUCACUCACUAUAAGCACAGCAAGCAGCAGUACAGCCUUCAGGCCAGGAGCGUGGAGGAGAAGCGGGUGUGGACCCACCACAUCAAGAGGCUCAUCCUGGAGAAUCAUCAUGCCAUAAUUCCCCAGAAGGCCAAGGAAGCCAUCUUGGAAAUGGACUCUUACUACCCACCUCGCUACAGGUGCAGCCCAGAGGGGCUGAAGAAAACCAGGUCAAACCAGCCCAUGGAUGAGGUACCAGUGCACAUGCGGCACCUGGCAGGUCGUCGCCAGUCAGAACCUUUCCACUACUGCUCCCGUGCUGAGAAGCUCCCCCAGUACAACGGACCGCAGGGCUGCUUGGUGCCCGGGCGCACUGGCCGCAGGAAGUCUGAGCCAUCCAAACAGAUUCUCAAGCAACUCGGUGCUGAAGGCAGGGGCCAUUGCCCACCCAAUAUGUUGUCCCCCUCCACAGCGGCUCCUGCUGACAUCCAUAGGGAGCAAGGUGUUCCAGGAGCCAGGCGACUGCAGGGCUGGCAGCCCUUCCUUGGUAACAAUAGGGGGCAGCGGACAAGAAGGCAGUGGGAAAGGGCUCUUUGGAGGAGGGGAUGGGGCUUGCCUCCUUUGUCCUGGAACUAUCUUUCAUGCCCAGCAAUCCUUUUGCUAAUGGCUUGUCUCCUCUCUUCCAUGUGCUGGGGAUGCACAGAAGGACUGAAGCAUACAGACAGUGAUGGAGACUUCCUGGACACUGGGGAGCCCUUGCAGCCCCCCAGCAGCCUACAGCAACAGGCUGAGCCUGAGGGGGAUGCAGAGGAGACAGAGGAAGAGGCCUCUGGGAAGGAGGAGGAGCAGGCUGUUGGGAAGAACUCCCUGGAGGAGCUGACAGGGAGUGACAGCAGCGAGAAGGAAACGGGGCCUGAGGAGGAGGAGGGCCCAGUGGGAGAGGAGCAGGGCAAGGGACACUGUAUGCCAGCAGGACCCAAGGGUUGCAAGAGGACUGCCAGCCAGUCUCCCAGGAGCUGUGAGAAGCACCACAGCAUGGAGAGGGUAUUGGAUGACCCAGAGGCUGCCACCGACAUGGAGCAUGAAGAAGCUCAGGAGGUGUCACUUACUCAGGAAGAGUGCCUGGCUCAGACCUGCUCAGACCUGGAGUCAGCUCACACCCCAGAGCUGGUUCUGCCAGCCCAGCACAAAGAAGGGGAAAGGGACCAGCACCCUGACAAUUCAGACCCUGCCACUUCAGAGAAUGCAGAGGAGCUCAAAACCCUUAGUAGUGAGGAGGAGGAUGAUAAUGAAGAUGCAGCCCUGCAUCCCCCAAGGAGCAUCCUCCCACCCUCUGUGCUGGACCAGGCCAGCAUCAUUGCUGAGAGAUUUGUCAGCAGUUUCUCCCGGCGUAGCAGCCUGGCACUGGAUGAGGGCAGGGCAUCUGCAGGCAUCCCCACACCCCGGCUGGCUAGCCGCAGCAGCAGCAUGCUGAGUCUUGAGGGCAGUGAGAAGGGGCAACGGUGUGGCAGCAGCAGUGAUACCCAGAGCUGCUUCCUGCCUCUGGAGAUGGCAGCAGAGGGCCAGCAGCUGCACAGUGCUGCCCGCAGCAGGGCUGCCUCACCCAGCCUUCAGGAGCCUGAACGAGCCUCUUGCCGCAGGAAAGAAUCCAUGCUUUCCAAGCAGGACCGGCUCCUGCUGGAUAAGAUCAAGAGCUACUAUGACCAGGCCGAGCACCAGGAUGCCAGCUUCAGCAUUAAGCGCCGUGAGAGCCUGUCCUACAUCCCCAAGGGGCUGGUCAAAAACUCUGUCUUCCGCAUCGACAGCCUGCCAUGGGCAGCAGCCAGCCAGGAUACUGCUAAUGCUGCCCAUGGGAGACUGGGCAGCAGCAUGGCUGAUGGCACCAGCAGCAGGACAGCUGCCUGGGUGCUCUCUGGCCUCCCUGCAGCUCCCCUUGGCCAGCCUGAGGCAGGUGGCCCAGCCCCCAUCACUGAUGAGGAGUUCAGGCCACCCUCAGAGAUGAUCAAGGUCUGGGAGGGGAUGGAUAAGCAGAAAGGCAAGUCUUGGAAGGAGCAGUUGGCAGUGGGUAGGGCUGGCACCGCCACUGGCAGCACCUCAGAUGGCACUGAGCAACCCAUGGGUAGGAGCCAGGAAAAUGGCCUGGCCACACGUGAGCCUCUCCUCAUCCUGGAGGACGAUGACCUGAGUGCUAUCACAGAGGAGUCCACUGUGCCUUCACCUGAGAGCAAGUCUCCCACAGAGAGGGCAAUGCCCCCCAGGCUGGUUUGCCACAUGAAGAGGCUGGCACAGGAGCUGGGCACCAGUGAUCUGGGCCAGCCCCCCCUGCUGCACCCGCGCAUCCUGCAGCUCUCACCUGCUGGGGAGGUUGAGCUGUGCGAGCGUACCAAGACUCGGGUGUACCAGCUGGCACGCCAGUACAGCUUGCGGAUCAAGAGGCACAAGCCAGUCCUGCAGAGACAUCUCACUGAGCUGGAAGAGGACACAAGGAGCAGUGUGCCCAUCCUGCUUCACCACACACAACCAGAGGCAGAGGAGGAGGAAACAGGUUCCCAGGGCAAGCAGAAGCCAGCGCUAUCCCUCACCUACGAGCAGGAGGUGAUCCCGGAGCAGAGCCCACUGACCCCACAUUCCACUUCGUCCUCACCCCGGCGUCCCUCUUCCACCAGUUCCUAUCCAGUCUCCCCAACCAGUUUGGCCUCCCACAGUCCACUUAGCCCCAUUCUGGCUGAGAAGUUCAGCUGGCCUGACGUCCGAGAGCUGCGCUCCAAGUACUCCCUUGGAAAGUCCAGUGAGGCAGGCUUUGGCCCACGUAGGCCUCCCCCAGUGAACAGGAGCCGCUCAGCACCAGAGAAGAUGGCAGAGGGGCCACCAGGAGCCCUCUCAGGGAAGGCAGGCCGGAGCGGGCGGGCAACGGAGAAAUCGUGGCUGGCAGCUGAGCGGAGCCGGAGUGCUGAGCAGGGCCCGGAGCCCAGCACUGGGAGCCGGCAGCACCAGCGGCAACACAGUGAUGGGGCACUGUAUGUUGCUGCAGAGACCUGCCUGGACAACCAGCAACGUGUGAUUGUGCUGGAGAAGGUGCCACCUGAAGCUGAAAGCUAUGUGCAGAUCCGUUCACCCACCACCCGAGAGAAGCUUUCCCUCAAGGCUGUGGCGGAGCGCUGCAAGGUCUACCAGGAUUUGGAUGGCUGCCCCCAGCAAGAGUGGGAGGAUGAAGAGGGCCAGCCCCAGAGGCCCAUGGUCUGGGACAAGCCAGAUGUUGGUCACCAGGGCCUGGUGAGGAACCUGCGGGAAAAAUUCCAGACCCUGAACUCCACUUGCUGAGUGGGAGCUUGAGACAGGGCCUGGAUGGGGCCUAUGUCUGAGCUGGGGGAGACUAGCACCUCUUGUAUAUAAGAACAUCUUCCUCUUUUCCCCACUCCCUCCAGCCACUACUGGCUUUGCCUGUGUCACUGCAAGCAGAGCCCAUACUGGCCUGUGGCUUUGUGGGCUUUGGUGGAUACUACAUUUAAGGGCAGAUCCUGGGGUAAGGCUGCAUGGAGGGCCAUGACUGUGGCUCAGGUCCACACAGCAUUGUUUUGCACACUGGCACAGACAAAGCAGCAUGGAGCAAGGCCAGCCCUCUGUGCCUACUGGGAGUACAGCAUUUGGCAACAGUAGCCUGACUGCCACCCAGCCUACAGGAGGCCUGUAUAUACUAGAAGGCAGGUGUGCACAAACUUCUGUGCAAUAACAGUUGCUGUCGGAGAA